GGCGCCGAGCUCGACCUGGACGAGCUCACAAAGCUGCUGGGGGAGGGCCAGUCCAAGGAGCUAAAGUACUUCUCGCCGCCGCCCCCGCCGCGCGGGCUCGACCUGCCCGCGCCCACCGCCUACUACGCGACCGGCGCGUCGUCGUACGGCGGCCCGUCGCGCGCUCCGAAGGGAGUCAAGCAGCGGCGCACGCGGGGGGGGCUGCCGCCGGCCUGGCUGGUCGAUGUGAGCAGCUUGGAUGUGCAAGGCAAGGCGCGCGACGGCUCUCUCGACUCGCUGAGCGUCAAGGAGCUCAAGUCGUUCCUCUACUACCGCGACGCUGCCCUCUCGGGCCCCAAGAAGACACUCGUGGGCCGCAUCGAGGAGGUGAUUGAGCGGGAGGCGCAGGCGGAGGAGCAGCGAGAGCAGCGAGCCAGUUCCGAGCAGCUCGCGCCGCCGCCGCCGCCGCCGCCGCCGCUCGCGCCGCCGCCGCUCGCGCCGCCGCCGCCGCCAGUCAACGGCGCCAGCGCGGCCGCCAGCGACCCGCUGCUCUCGUUGCUUGGCGACGGCGGCGACGAGGGCGACGGCGGGGACGAGUUUCUGAUCGACGAGGUUUUUGCGGAGAUGUGAGCGCGGCCGUCAGCGGAAGGCGGCUGUCUGCGACAACUGCAGCGCCCGGCCGCCGCCGCUGCUUGCGGCUUGCGGGGACACGCACCGGCACGCCCCUUGCCCUUGGCUCAGCAUUUGCGGAAAUCGGGCGAUGCCCAGUACCUGUUGUCUCAGACGUCUGCGCCGCAUGGGCGUGCGAGUGGUCUACACGUCUCGCAUAACCGCAUGUCCGCACAUCGCGCUUCGCGGAUGGGGUCAGUCGCGGAUGGGGUCAGAAAAAAGAAGUUAAUGAUAAUCGCAAA